AGCUUGAUUGGGCUGCAGAACCUACGUUAGGGCAAUUUUGUUGGAAGCAUCUAACGAAAGCAGGUCAAGUAUGGUGUCCAAGAAGGCUCGUGCAGCUGCAGCCUGCGCUGGUUUGGGAGGGCUGGCCUUUGUGGCAACACCAGGCUCAGUUGCUCGCCGUGCUCCCGCAGCUGAGAUCAGUGCAGCUGGCAAGGCUCCUGUUGCCGACAGCAGCAGUGCUUUCACUGUGGGUGCGGCUGCUGUGACAGCUGCUGGGGCAGUUGCUGCCUCCGUGCGAAGGAAGUACCGCCCAUCCAAAGUCGCCGCACGUGCUGAAGUUGCACCAGGUGAGAAGGUCGUUGGAAUUGACUUGGGCACAACCAACUCUGCCGUGGCUGCCAUGGAGGCUGGAACUCCCACUGUGAUCCCCAAUGCAGAGGGAGCCCGAACUACACCCAGCGUAGUGGCCUACUCCAAGAGCGGUGAGCUUUUGGUUGGGCAGAUUGCAAAGCGCCAGGCUGUGGUGAACCCUGAGAACACCUUUUACUCGGUGAAGCGCUUUGUUGGUCGCCAGCCCGAUGAAGUCAAAGAGGAGCUGAAGGAGGUGUCCUACAAGGUGGACUUCGAAGGGCAAAAAGUGAAGAUCGACUGCCCAGUGAUGAGCAAAAAGUUUGCCCCAGAGGAGGUCUCUGCACAGGUGCUUCGAAAGCUGAGUGCCGAUGCUGGAAAGUACUUGAGCGCCAAUGUCCAGAAGGCUGUUGUGACCGUGCCGGCUUAUUUCAAUGAUUCUCAGCGCCAGGCCACCAAGGAUGCGGGGAAGAUUGCCGGAUUGGACGUGCUGCGUAUUGUGAACGAGCCCACAGCAGCAUCGCUGGCCUAUGGCCUGGAAAAGAAGAACAACGAGACAAUUUUGGUCUUUGACUUGGGAGGUGGCACCUUUGACGUCUCAGUCUUGGAGGUUGGCGACGGUGUUUGCGAAGUCUUGGCCACACACGGCGACACUCACCUGGGUGGCGAUGACUUCGACAAGGUCGUUGUUGAUUGGCUGGCCGAGGAUUUCCAGAAGAAGGAGGGCAUCGACCUCUUGAAGGACAAGCAAGCUUUGCAGCGUCUGACUGAGGCGGCGGAGAAGGCCAAGAUUGAGCUUUCUGGUGUGCAGGAGGCCAAGAUUUCUCUGCCUUUCAUCACUGCGGAUGCC